UGAACACGCAACUAUAAUAAUGGAGGCAGGACAUUGCAUCAAGAUUUGUUUAUUUUGCGUUUCAAACGUUUAAAGAUUACUUUUUAAGUGACAACAGUUCAGAGACCCUGCCUAUUUAUCUGUGGACUUGGUUUAUAUUUUAAGAAAGGAAGCACUAUUCUAACCUCUUCUACAAGUGGCAACAUGUAAGACGUCGUACCCUGUACACCAGUAUUCAACGGAUCGAGGAACUGUGUGCACAUCACAAUUUGUGUCCAGCUCAGUCACAUAUUACACUACACAUACAUGUACAUACAUGAUAUAUAUACGUCUGUCAUCUACUUAGUUUAGAAACCAUUUUACAUGUAUUUGCAGUGUACAUUUAUUACUUCAUUUGAUCUGGACAGAAUCGAGCUACAGUUGCAUUUACUGAUGAAAAACUACUGAUCAAAUUAAAAAAGCUGUAUAAUUUAUUUUUACUAACACUGCCGUUUACUUUUACUCCAGACAUACAGUAUAUAUGUACCUUGUGUGUGUAUCUUGAUGGUUAUUGUAUCCAUCUCUAUAACUGAAAUCUUCCGAAUAUAGCCGAGUUUGUAUUCAAAACGAAACCAUGACACAGUGUUGUGCUAAACAUGUAAUGUCCUGUUUGAGAGUUCCCUUGGCGAUACCUUCAGUAUUAGCUUCACGAUCACCACACAAGUUACCUUGUCGUUAUUAUCGUUCCACGAGACUUAGUUUGACAGCAGCACACAACUUGGCACGGACUGGAAAGUGUGGAUUGCAGACUAAUGAGGACUUGCAGCGGAGAGUGUUGGUGCGAUGUGUGCACGGAAACAGUUCUGUCUCACCACGCCCAUCGCGCCGACUCUUACUGCCGUUCAUCGCCGGACUUACGUUAGCCGCGUCGGGAUAUUAUUAUUAUCUAGAAGAACGGCAGAAGAGACACGUGAGGGUGGUGUUUGGUGGAUUUGUUCGGUUUUUAAGAUCUUUAAAAGUAGGCCUUACUAUCUCGAUGGAUUACAAAUGGAGUCUGUGGGGUUUGGAGGAGGAUUCCGAAGAGUACCUGGAGGUGAUUGGGCCGUGUCACCAGCGUGCCGCGGAGAGGAUCUUGGUCGGCUGUCUGAAGAAUGGCGGCCUGUACGUGAAGCUAGGCCAGGGCCUGGUAUCAAUGAAUCACAUUCUACCGCGGGAAUACAUUGAUGUCCUCGUCGUUCUACAAGAUAAAGCCUUGGCCAAGAAACCACAUGAGGUUGAGCAAUUGUUCAUGGAAGAUUUUGGUAAAAGACCUAAUGAAGUGUUCCGAGAAUUUGAGGAAAAGGAAAUCGCCGCUGCAAGUCUGGCACAGGUUCACAGAGCAGUUACACAUGAAGGACAAAGUGUCGCUGUUAAGGCUGAAAUCUCACAGCUAGCUGGUCUACUUGGAAUUGAGCCCACCACUGAGACCUAUCGUCUGUCGUCUGCUCGACUGCUGCGCUUCAUCCACAUGACACAGAAAUCCUGUGUAUUUGACGCAAUAUUUACCUAA